AUGCGCAACCUGGGAAGAGCCGAAUGGAAUCGUACAUUAUCAAAGAAGAAGUGGAAGUGCUACGUGUGUGAUCCUGCACCCCUUAAAGAACUGGUUGCCAAGUGCCAUGCUCUCCUUUCUCGGUCUGUUAAAACAGAGCAGAAGGUGAAAGAGAAGGCAAAUGUUUAUGUACAGAAGAAGGUAGUGAAGGCACCUAAGAAGAAGAAGAUGCAGGAUGCAGCCAUCGCUGAGGAAUUCCUUCAGUAUCUUGUAGGGAACAUCAGCAAUCGGGCUCUGUUCAUGAGGAGCUUGGUGCGACUCAAGAAUAACGUGCCCGACAUGCAGAAGGUCCAGAUGAACAUGUCCCUGAAGCAUAUCGGCGAGGUCAAGACCGUACUGGGAGAGUUUGAGGCCUGCGUAAAGAGGAAGAUCCACGGCGAUGCACACAACAGCUAUAUUGUCCCUGAUGGAACCAAUCAAGAGGAUUUUGAAAACCCUGAGGAGAAGUACAACUCCCAGAUGGAAGAGACAAAGGUUAAGACUCAGGAGAAGGAGGAAUCGGCAGGCGAAGACGCGGCAAAAGAGGAGAGUAAAAGUGAAUCUUCUGAGGAUAGUGAUGAUAAUACCAAGCCCCGAAGAAGAAGAUCUAGCAAGAAAAAGAAGAAAUGGGAACCAGAAAAGAUGGACUCUGCCUCUGAACAGGAAAUGGAACUGUAUGGAACAGCCGAAAGGAGAGAAGGACCAGGAGAGGACUCGAGUAAUCCUGAAGAAGAGUCUGGUUUUGAUGGAAUUCCUGGAGAUUCUUCUACAGGAUCCUCUCAGGACGAAGGAGGGGAGAAGGAAGAUAAAGUUGAGAAAAAGAAGGACAUGUCUGCAGUGACAGUCACAAGAAAAAGCAGGCAUAGCUCUGCAGCAAGUGAAAGUAAAUCUUCUGAGAGUAAAUCUGAGAAUAGUGAUGAUAAUACUCAGGAGAAGGACGAAUCGGCAGGCGAAGAAGCGGCAAAUGAGGAGAGUGCACUGGAUACAGCAGAAGGUGAUGGUGUUGAUGAUAAUACCAAGUCCCAAAGAAGAAGAUUAAGCAGGAAAAAGAAGAAAUGUGAACCAGAAAAGAUAGCCUCUGCCUCUGAAGUAGAAAUGGAACUGAAGAGGCAUGACGGCAUUAGAGGCUUGAAAAGAGAACGUAACUGGGCAACUGAUAGCGAUGAUGCUUUUGAGAAUGUACCUGAUGCCCAAUAUAAGUCUGAAGAAGGCGAAGCAGAGUGUGUUGCAAAGAGAGAGGAGGAAAAGGCUGAUGUUGAGAAGGAGUCUGAAUCAGAAGGAAAUCCAUCCAAGAAAGCAAAGAAGAUCAGAAAAUUUCCUGUAAAGAUAUAUCCCAAGAGCGGUGAGCUUCGCAGUUUAAUCGACUCUUCUUCUGAUGACGAGUCUAAUGCUGAGAGUGACGGAUGUUCUGGAUUGAGAUUGAAGAGUCUCGACAAGAAAAGCAAGAAAGGGGAGAGUCAAGAAGUGGCAGAAAACCCUCUGAUGGACGAAUUAGAAGUGGAUGGUGAGGGAUCCAAGCGGAGCGAGAACAAGGCCUUAAAGAAGGCAGAAGAAGAUGAAGACUGGAAUAAUAGUGAAAGGAGACAGAAUGGAACAGGAGGAGGCGGCGGAAGUAGGGAUGGCAAGAAUGGAGGAGAUGAUAAGAAGAAGAAGAAGAAGAAAAGAACGGGCCCAUAUAAGGGCACCAAGAAAUCACGUCCUUGGAGAAAGAAGAAGGCUCAAAAGAAGGCAAACAAAAAUGAAGACUGGAAUAAUAGUGCGAGACAGAAUGGAAUAGGAGGAGGCGGCGGAAGUGGGGAUGGCAAGAAUGGAGGAGAUGAUAAGAGGAAUAAAGGUAAGGGCCAAGAUGAGGGCACUUUAAAAUCACGCCCUUUGUUGAUCACCAAUUAUAGCGAGGAUGACGAAGAUGAGGAUCACACUUCAAAGAAAAAGAAAGGCAAGGAGGUCAAAGCAGCUCCACAGAAAAAGGGCAAAGUCACAAAAAAGAGGAGAAGGAUAACGAUUGACGGUGUCUCAGGUGAGAAGCCGAAGCGAAAACGAGUGUCGAGUUCUGAAACUGCGUCCUCAAGUGAAGAAUCGUCCGUGGAUGAGGGCACCAAGGUAUUUCCUUUGCAGGCAGCAGAAUCUCCAGAUCCAGCGAGGAUGAGGACACCUCAAAACAAAAGAAAGACAAGGAGGGCAGGGCAGCUCCGCAGAAAAAGUGCAAAGUCACAAAAAAGAGGAGGAGGAAAGAGAUUGAAACUGAUGAUGUUUUUACAGCGUCGUAAGCGGACGAUGUCUCAGAUGAGAAGCCAAAGCGAAGACAAGUGA